AUGACUGUACCAACUCCACUUCAAACUACUUUACCUGUUCAAACUCAUCCAGUUACCCAGGACUAUCGCAUCAGUCGCCAGGUUCUUGGUGUUGGUAUCAACGGCAAAGUUGUAGAAUGUGUGCAUCGAAAAACAGGCCACAAAUUUGCGUUAAAGGUUUUAAGAGACGUCCCAAAGGCCAGACGUGAGGUCGAAUUACAUUAUAUGGCAUGUCAACACAAACAUAUUGUCCGAAUUUAUGAUGUGUAUGAGAACACCUACAAUCAGGUCAAGUGUUUGCUGGUAGUCAUGGAAUGUAUGGAAGGUGGUGAACUUUUUACCAGAAUACAGCAACGGGCGCAGUCAGCUUUCACAGAGAGGGAAGCAGCGCAAAUAAUGUAUGAAAUUUGUUCCGCAGUUCAACAUCUGCAUUCCUUGAACAUUGCGCAUCGUGAUAUAAAACCUGAAAAUCUUUUGUACAGCUGUGAUGGACCGUCCGGGAUUUUGAAACUCACAGAUUUUGGCUUUGCUAAACAUGUUAGUACAACGGAAAGUAGACCUCUCGAGACUCCUUGUUAUACGCCGUACUAUGCAGCGCCUGAGGUUUUGGGCCCCGAAAAGUAUGAUAAAUCAUGCGACAUGUGGUCAGUAGGAGUGGUCAUGUACAUCUUAUUAUGCGGUUUCCCUCCCUUUUUUUCUGCUAAUGGCCUUCCAAUGUCUCCUGGGAUGAAAAAUCGAAUAAGAGCUGGGAAAUAUGCCUUUCCUUCACCCGAGUGGGACAGAGUUUCGGAAGCUGGUAAAGACUUGAUUAGGAAAUUGCUGAAGACAGAUCCUAGUGAACGUUUUACUAUUGAACAAACUAUGAAUCACAAGUGGAUUACACAUUACCAGAAAGUGCCUGAAACGCCACUGUUUACCUCAUCUGUUUUGAAAGAGGAACAGUCGCAGUGGGGUGAAUUACAGGAUGAAUUCGAGGCGACUUUAGCAUCGAUGCGAGUUGGUAACGAAGAUAUCCACAUCAAAAGUUUGAAGGAUUCAAACAAUCGACUGCUCAAUAAACGCAGAAUGAGGAUUCAGGAGAAGUGA